AUGCGCCUCCGCCUGCUUCUCCUGCUCGCCUUAUGCGGAGCGGGCCCCACUGCCUUGGGACGCAGCCUCAGCUUGCGGGGAAGCUGGAGGAUCCGCAGCGGGAACGGCUCGCUGGAGCUGCCGGGGAGGGUCCCCGGUUGCGUGCACAGCGCCCUGUUGCAGCGGGGCCUCAUCCAGGAUCCUUACUACAGAUUUAAUGACCUUAACUACAGAUGGAUCUCCUUGGAUAACUGGACUUAUAGCAAGAAAUUUAAAAUCCCCUUUAACAUUAGCAAAUGGCAGAAAGUGAAUUUGAUUUUUGAGGGCGUCGAUACAGUUGCAAAAGUCCUGCUAAAUAGUGUUCCUAUUGGGAAAACAGGCAACAUGUUCAAAAGAUAUAGCUUUGAUAUUACCAGUGUGGUUAGAGAGGUGAACUCCCUUGAGCUGUGUUUCCAGUCAUCAGUGUUGUAUGCGGCCCAGCAGAGCAAAGCUCACAGCUACUCCGUGCCUCCGGACUGCCCUCCGCCUGUGCAGAAGGGCCAGUGCCAUGUCAACUUCAUUCGAAAGGAGCAGAGUUCCUUUAGUUGGGACUGGGGGCCAUCCUUUCCUACCCAGGGCAUCUGGAAAGAUGUCAGAAUUGAAGCCUAUAACAUUUGUCAUCUGAACUACUUCAUGUUUUCCCCUAUAUAUGAUAACCAUACCCAGGGGUGGAAUCUUGAAAUAGAGUCUUCUUUUGAUGUUGUCAGCUCAAAGCCAAUUUCUGGUCAAGUGAUUGUAGCCAUCCCUAAACUGCAGACACAGCAGACAUACAGCAUUGAACUUCAACCUGGGGAAAGGAUUGUUGAGCUAUUUGUGAAAAUUAAUAAGAAUGUUACCGUAGAAACUUGGUGGCCUCAUGGACAUGGAAACCAGACUGGUUACAACAUGACAAUUCUUUUUAAACUGGAUGGAGGCUUAAGUAUUGAAAAAUCAGCUAAGGUUUAUUUUAGGACAGUGGAACUUAUAGAAGAGCCCAUUGAAGGAUCUCGAGGUCUGAGUUUCUACUUCAAAAUUAAUGGAUUGCCCAUAUUUCUGAAAGGCUCGAACUGGAUCCCAGCAGAUUCAUUCCAGGAUCGCAUAACCUCUGACUUGUUACGGCUCCUUUUGCAGUCUGCUGUGGAUGCUAACAUGAAUACUCUCCGGGUUUGGGGAGGAGGAAUUUAUGAGCAGGAUGAAUUCUAUAGACUCUGUGAUGAACUAGGAAUAAUGGUAUGGCAGGAUUUUAUGUUUGCCUGUGCCCUUUAUCCAACCGAUCGGGACUUCAUGAAUUCAGUGAGAGCAGAAGUUGCUCACCAGAUCAGGAGACUGAAAUAUCAUCCCUCCAUCAUCGCAUGGAGUGGAAAUAAUGAAAAUGAAGCAGCGCUGAUGAUGAAUUGGUAUAAUAUACCCGCCAGUGAACUGCAUACCUACAUCAAAGACUAUGUGAUACUGUAUGUGAAAAACAUUCGAAAGAUUGUCUUGGCAGAAGACAAGACUCGUCCUUUUAUCAUAUCCAGCCCUACAAAUGGGGCCGAAUCUAUUAAAGAAGGCUGGCUCUCUGUCAACCCAUAUGACAAUAAUUUUGGUGAUGUACAUUUUUAUGAUUAUAUCAGUGAUUGCUGGAAUUGGAAAGUUUUCCCAAAAGCUCGAUUUGUAUCUGAAUAUGGAUAUCAGUCCUGGCCUUCCUUCAGUACAUUAGAAAAGGUUUCAUCUGAAGAGGACUGGUCUUACAACAGCAAAUUUUCACUUCAUCGACAACAUCAUGCAGAUGGUAAUAAUGAAAUGCUGCUUCAGAUUGGAUUUCAUUUCAAACUCCCGGAAAGCACAGAUCCAUUACAGACUUUCAAAGAUACUAUUUACCUUACUCAGGUGAUGCAGGCCCAGUGUGUCAAAAUAGAGACUGAAUUCUACCGCCGCAGCCGCAGCGAGAUAGUGGAUGGGCAAGGCUACACCAUGGGUGCACUUUAUUGGCAGCUGAAUGACAUCUGGCAGGCUCCUUCCUGGGCUUCUCUAGAGUAUGGAGGAAAGUGGAAAAUGCUUCAUUACUUUGCUCGGCAUUUCUUCGCUCCACUGUUGCCAGUGGGUUUUGAGGAUCAAGACGUGUUUUUCAUCUAUGGUGUGUCAGACCUUCGCUCUGACUGCAAGGCAAAGCUCACUGUGAGAGUCCACACGUGGCAUUCCCUGGAGCCGUUGUGCUCCUCUGAGACGGAGCAUUUUGUCCUGAAAGCAGGGAAGGCCGUUCUCCUCUAUAAGGAGUCGGUGCCUGUAUUGUUGGAGAAUUGUGGGAAUUGCACACGGCAGAGCUGUGUGCUUUCCUUUUACCUUUCAGCUGACAGCCAACUUGUGAGCCCAGCCAACUAUCACUUCCUGUCUUCACUGAGUGAGAGCGUGGGGCUCCACAAGGCGCACAUCACCGCCAUCAUCUCUCAGCAAGGUGACACAUUUGCUUUUGAUCUGGAAACCUCCACCGUUGCUCCCUUUGUUUGGUUAGAUGUAGGAAGCAUCCCCGGGAGAUUCAGUGACAACGGUUUCCUCAUGACUGAAAAGACGCGGACUGUAUUAUUUUACCCUUGGAAGCCCACCAGCAAGAGCGAAUUGGAGCAAUCUUUUCGUGUGACUUCCCUGACGGAUACUUACUGA